CGGGCCGGGACCGGCUCGCUCCAAGCGCUCACACUUCUCCGCCGGACAGAGGACGCCGCCCGCUCCGGGCCGCCCCUGUGCUCGCUUGCAGCGCCCGCUCAGCUCACUGCCCUCCGCCCUCCGCCGCGUUGCGCCCGCGUUCCCCCGCGGAGCUCCGGCCCCCGGGAGCUUCUCCGCCGUCGGCGGACCCUGAGGCCCCGCUGCCGGCACGCUCGGCGCCCUGCUCGCGGGGCACAGGGGAGGGCGGCGGCCGGCUGGGGAUGGGCGGCCCGGCGGCGCGGAGGGGCGCCGGGCGGCUCUGCGCGCUGUUCCUGGCGCUGGUGGCCGCGGGGACUCCCGCGGGCGCAUACAAUCUCGACCCGCAGCGCCCGGUGCGCUUCCAGGGUCCUGCCGGGUCCUUCUUCGGCUACGCGGUGCUGGAACACUUCCACGACAACACGCGCUGGGUCCUUGUGGGUGCACCAAAGGCAGAUUCCAAGUACAGCACUUCAGUGAAGUCCCCUGGGGCUGUGUUUAAGUGCCGAGUCCACACCAACCCUGACCGAAGAUGCACUGAACUGGAUAUGGCUCGAGGGAAGAAUCGGGGCAUGUCCUGUGGAAAGACCUGCCGGGAAGACCGAGAUGAUGAAUGGAUGGGGGUGAGCCUGGCCCGGCAGCCCAAGGCUGAUGGCCAAGUGCUGGCCUGUGCCCACCGCUGGAAGAACAUCUACUAUGAGACAGACCACAUCCUGCCCCACGGCUUCUGUUACAUCAUCCCGUCCAACCUCCAGGCCAAAGGCAGGACGCUGAUCCCUUGCUAUGAAGAGUAUAAGAAGAAGUACGGGGAGGAACAUGGCUCCUGCCAGGCUGGGAUCGCAGGCUUUUUCACCGAGGAGCUGGUGGUCAUGGGUGCCCCUGGGUCAUUUUAUUGGGCUGGGACAGUCAAAGUGCUGAACCUCACAGACAACACCUACUUCAAACUGAAUGACGAAGUGAUCAUGAACAGGAGAUACACUUACCUGGGCUAUGCAGUUACUGCCGGCCACUUUUCUCACAUGUCCACCACCGAUGUGGUAGGAGGUGCCCCGCAGGACGAUGGCAUCGGGAAGGUUUAUGUUUUUAGAGCUGACCGAAGAUCAGGCACCUUAAUUAAGAUUUUUCAGGCAUCAGGUAAAAAGAUGGGCUCUUACUUCGGGUCCUCCUUAUGUGCAGUUGACCUCAACGCAGACGGCCUCUCUGACCUGCUUGUGGGAGCCCCCAUGUUUUCUGAGAUCAGGGACGAAGGUCAGGUCACCGUCUACAUCAACAGAGGAAACGGAGCCCUCGAGGAGCAGCUGGCCCUAACUGGGGAUGGUGCCUACAAUGCACACUUUGGGGAGAGUAUCGCCAGCCUGGGCGACCUUGAUGACGACGGGUUCCCAGAUGUGGCCAUUGGUGCACCCAAAGAGGACGACUUUUCGGGUGCCGUGUACAUCUAUCACGGCGAUGCUGGAGGGAUGGUCCCUCAGUACUCCAUGAAACUGUCGGGGCGGAAGAUAAGUCCAGUUCUGCGGAUGUUUGGUCAGUCCAUAUCAGGAGGCGUUGAUAUGGAUGGAAAUGGCUAUCCUGAUGUCACUAUUGGAGCCUUCAUGUCUGACAGUGUGGUCCUCCUCAGGGCGAGACCUGUCAUCACGGUGGAUGUCACCAUCCUCCUUCCCGCCUCCAUCAACAUCACAGCACCUCAGUGUCAUGACGGCCAGCAGCCUGUGAACUGCCUGAAUGUCACCGUCUGCUUUAGCUUCCACGGCAAGCAUGUUCCGGGAGAAAUAGGUCUGAAUUAUGUUCUGACGGCUGAUGUGGCCAAAAAAGAAAAGAGCCAGUUGCCCAGGGUCUACUUUGUGUUGCUGGGAGAGUCUGUGGGUCAGGUCUCAGAGAAGCUGCAGCUGGUCCACUUGGAGGAGACAUGUCAUCACUAUGUGGCCCAUGUGAAGCGGAGGGUGCAAGACGUCAUCAGCCCCAUCGUGUUCGAAGCCGCCUACAGCCUGGGCGAGCACGUGACGGGCGAGGAGGAGAAGGAGCUGCCGGCCCUGACGCCUGUGCUCCGCUGGAAGAAGGGACAGAAGAUUGCCCAGAAGAAUCAGACCGUGUUUGAAAGGAAUUGCCGGUCCGAGGACUGUGCCGCCGACCUGCAGCUUCAGGGUCACCUCUUACUCUCCAGCAUUGAUGAAAAAACCCCGUAUCUAGCCCUUGGGGCUGUGAAGAACAUAUCCCUAAACAUCUCCAUCUCCAACCUCGGGGACGAUGCCUAUGAUGCCAACGUAUCCUUCAACGUUUCCCGGGAGCUCUUCUUCAUCAACAUGUGGCAGAAGGAGGAAAUGGGCAUUUCCUGUGAACUGCUGGAGUCAGACUUCCUCAAAUGCAGCGUGGGAUUUCCUUUCAUGAGGUCAAAGUCGAAGUAUGAAUUCAGCGUCAUCUUUGAUACAAGCCACCUGUCUGGGGAAGAGGAAGUUCUUAGCUUCAUUGUUACGGCUCAGAGUGGCAACGUUGAGCGCUCCGAGUCCCUGCAUGACAACACCCUCAUGCUGACGGUGCCGCUGAUGCACGAGGUGGACACAUCCAUCACUGGAAUCACGUCUCCAACCUCCUUUGUGUAUGGCGAGUCUGUGGAAGCAUCCAACUUCAUUCAGCUGGAUGACCUGGAGUGUCAUUUCCAGCCCCUCAACGUCACCCUUCAGGUCUAUAACACUGGGCCAAGCACCCUUCCUGGGUCAUCUGUCAGCAUCUCUUUCCCCAAUCGCCUGUCACCCGGAGGAGCAGAGAUAUUUCAUGUCCAGGAGAUGGUGGUGGGCCAAGAGAAAGGAAACUGCUCUUUUCAGAAGAACCCGACUCCCUGCAUCAUCCCUCAGGAACAAGAAAAUAUCUUCCAUACAAUAUUUGCUUUUUUCACAAAGUCGGGAAGAAAAGUCUUGGACUGUGAAAAACCAGGAAUUUCUUGCCUAACACUGCACUGUAACCUUAGUGCACUCACUAAAGAAGAAAGUCGUACUAUAGACAUUUACAUGCUGCUCAACACAGAAAUACUGAAGAAGGACAGUUCUUCUGUCAUCCAGUUCAUGACCCGUGCCAAGGUGAAGGUGGACCCUGCCCAAAGGGUGGUGGAGAUGGCAAGUGGGAACCCAGAGGAGAUGACGGUGGUCUUUGAGGCGUUGCACAACCUGGAGCCCCGAGGCUACGUCGUGGGCUGGAUCAUCGCCAUAAGCUUGCUGGUGGGGAUCCUCAUCUUCCUGCUGCUGGCCGUGCUGCUCUGGAAGAUGGGCUUCUUUCGCAGAAGGUACAAAGAAAUUAUCGAAGCUGAGAAGAACCGGAAAGAGAAUGAAGACAGUUGGGACUGGGUCCAGAAAAACCAGUGACCUGCCACCGCUGUCCCGUGACCCAGUCGUUCGCCUGUCGUCCCGAUCUUUGUAUCUUCCAUAUUUGGAAGAAAGAAUCUUCUCCAGAUUUUUCGGAGGCCCCACUGAUGCUGUUCUUGUCCUCAUUCUCUCAAGCCCAGGUGCCAACCUGAGGCAGCCACUUCGGCCAGGUCACCUGACUGGAACCACCACCACUUGCUUUUCAGGCUGAACUUGGAACUUUGGAAAGCCCGCUGCAGAGCUGGGUACUAUUUAUGGAGGCAACACGUGUGGUCAACCCUCAGGGGAAAACUGUUACCUAAAAGUAUUUUUAUAAAUAUAAGCCUUUUAUACUGAUUAUGUCUUUAUAUUUGUAUCAAUGUUUUAUUAUUUCUAUUAAAUGGUUAUAUAAUUCACUCAAGCACUGAUAUCUGGCCUGAAAUCUUGGAAAUACAUGGAAGUUCAUACAAGUGUUAAAGGAGAAAGAUCUUACUGUACUUUGGAACUUGCUGUUAAAAAAGACUCACCCGUGAAAUAAUUGGAAGACACCUCAUGUGAUGAAUCCCAGUGGGAGGUGCUGUGGCUGUGGCUGACCCCAGAACAUUUCACAGCUUUGUUGCCUGGAGUCAAGUGUGAAGAAAUGUGCUAAAGAACCAUGAGUGGUGGUUUCUUUUUUUCAUGCGUACCUUUCAUUGGAAGAUUCCCAGCAGGAAUUUGGAUGGAAAACCCUGAUUUCUGAGGUCUGCUGUGCAUCACCUCAUACAGCACACAUUUCACCCUCUUUCCACUUGGAUUAAGACCUGAAAGCUUGGAGCAAUGCCAGUCAGUCAUCUGGUAAACCUCAGAAUGGCGUCUCAUCCUGGACAUCAUGCCUCAGAGUGCACACACCACAAGGACUCCAUCAGUGCCCACCAAGCAGAGACUCGUGUCUGAAUGCUGGGAUGUGUUGCCUUUUUAUGGUAAUUUGAGUCUGGAGGUCUCCCUUUUUUCUAUCACUCUUGCUGUCCCAGCUAAUGGUAAUUGCAGAGUCCUUCUCAGAGAUAACCAUUCAACCUGU